UAUGAAGAAUUAUGCUUCUCGUUUGCUUAAAGCAAAGGAUGAAAUUUCCAGCCAAAUAAGUGCUCAACUUUUUGAGUUUUGUGAUCAUGAACUAUUCCCUGAGACCCUUCAGAAUUCUGAUGAGGUCACUUCUUGUUCAAACGGUUGCUAUGAAGAGAACUCAUCAUAUCCUGCUGAUCUCUCACUACCCCCUGAUAUAGAAAAGUUCACUACUGCCUACCAGGAUACCAAUGGCAACACUAACACAACCGCCGUCCCAACCCCGUCCCCCACGACCACUAGCACCGCCAUCACCGCCUCUGCCGGCGCCACUAACAAUAGUAACAACAUCUCCAUCAUCUUUGAUUCACAAGAUGACUUGGACAAUGACAUCUCAGCCUCUAUUGACUUUUCCUCAUCCCCAACCUUUUCUGUGCCUCCAUUAAUCCUUGGAACAACACAAGAAGACCAAUUUGACUUCUCCUCAGUAGUGCAGCCACAAAUUUCUUUAGUAGAUUCUGUUGUUGAUGGAUUUCCACAGUACUCUGCAGCCCCCCUUGCCCCUCUUAUCCCGCCCCCGUUACCACCGGUUUUCGAAGAGGACUGCUUGUCUUCAGUGCCUUCCUAUUUGCCUAUAAACACAUCAAGAUCUUCUUUUUCCUUUGUUGGUCCUGCCAUGGGAACGUACUUGCCUGCUGGGACUAUGAAUCCUGCUGCCUUAUCCGUUAAAGGGCCCGGGAUUUUCGGAAGCAGUCUUCUCAUGGGUUCUGAGUUGCAGCCACAAGAAUUGGAUUAUCAAGGAGACACUAGUGGAAUCUUCUGUACUGAUUCACUGCCAAGGGUUUUCAACCCUGGAGAACUUCAGGCACUUGGUACUGAGUCUCAACAGUUGAUGGGUGGGGCUGGGAACUCUACUUCUUUGGCACCAGAUAUUCCAAACAUGGGAGACCAAACUUUCAAAGUAGGAAAGCUCUCUGUUGAACAGAGGAAGGAAAAGAUCCACAGGUACAUGAAGAAAAGGAAUGAAAGGAACUUCAGCAAGAAAAUAAAGUACGCCUGUCGGAAAACGCUCGCGGACAGCCGGCCGCGAGUUAGGGGAAGAUUUGCCAAGAAUGAUGACUUUGGAGAGACCCCAAGAGCAGCAUCUAGCAACCAUGAAGAGGAUGAUGAAGAAGAGGUUGUUGUAAAAGAAGAGGAUGAUAUGGUUGAUUCCUCAGACAUUUUUGCUCAUAUAAGUGGAGUGAACUCCUUCAAGUGUAACUAUCCCAUCCAAUCUUGGAUUUGAUUUCAUUUUAGCUUCUUGGAUUAGAAACAUA